AUGGCUUCUUCUCCUCCAGGUGCUGCUUCUCGGAGAAGAAAGAGAAAUCAUCCUGGAAAUCCAAGUCCUGAUGCUGAGGCUGUAGCACUCUCUCCCAACACUCUAACCGCUACAAAUCAGUUUUCGUGUGAGAUCUCCAAGAGCCCUUGCUGGAUCAUGAUGGACACAAUUGAGUUCAGGGCAAAUGUAAACCUUCUUUCUGAUAAGUCCGAAAAAAGGUUUACAUUUGCUCUGAACUCAGUUGUGUCCACACCAUCCAUCAAGGGCUCUUGGAGAUCUGACAGGAAUCAAGAAGCAUUUCUGUCGAAAACAUGUACAGUUCAUCCUCCCUUCAUCUGCAACUUUGUCUGGUCUUUCAAAAAAGAGGAUUUUAAGAACCCCCAGAAUCAACCAGUUGCUGUUAUGGCUUCGUCUCUCCCAGGUGCUGCUCCUCAGAGAAGAAAGAGAAAUCAUCCUGGAAAUCCAAGUCCUGAUGCUGAGGUUGUAGCACUCUCUCCCAACACUCUAACCGCUACAAAUCAGUUUUCGUGUGAGGUAUGCUAUAGAGGAUUUCAAAGGGAGCAAAACUUGCAGCUCCACAUGAGAGGGCACAAUUUGCCCUGGAAGCUCAAGCAAAGGACCAGCCAAGAAGUCAGAAAAAAGGUAUACGUUUGCCCUGAACUCAAUUGUGUCCAUCACCAUCCAUCAAGGGCUCUUGGAGAUCUGACAGGUAUCAAGAAGCAUUUCUGUCGAAAACAUGGUGAUAAGAAAUAUAUAUGCGACAAAUGUGAGAAGAAGUAUGCAGUGCUCUCUGACUUGAAGUCUCACAGUAAGAUCUGUGGUACAAGGGAGUACAAGUGCAAUUGUGGAUCUACCUUCUCUAGGCGUAGUGGUUUGAUCAAUCACCAUUCUAUAUGCCAAGUGUUUGUGGGAGAGGUGGCUAGACACACAACAAAUGCCCCCCCAAGCAGCAGCAGCAUGACUGCUAGUGCUGGAAUACAUGCAAAUGUCAGUAAUUUGGCUCUUCAUCCAAUUUGGGAGCCAGAACUUAAUAUUCCCAGAGCCUCUGAAUAUUCGGAGAUUCAUGGCUUUCCUAGCAACAUAGCACCUAGCAACAUGUUUGAUUUUGGUUUCGAUGGUAGUGCUAGCUUGAACAUUCCCCAGAUUGACCUGGACCUCAACAUCAACAAUUCAUUAAGUGCUGUGAUGUUGAAUGCUGAGUCUUCUUGCAAUACUCUAAAUAGUACCCCUUCUCCUCAGUUUUCAGCCACUGCUCUUCUUCAGAAAGCCAAGCUGACAGAAUCUACUUCCAACACUGGUAAUGUUAGUAUUGGGAACAGUGUGCUGGACAGUGCUGAAGCCAGGCAUUUUCUUGGUGGCCAGGGCCCUGAGGAAGAAUGCUUAGGAAUUUUGGGGAAGAUCCAAGUUGGGAAUGACGAGUGA